GCGCCGCCCUGCGGGAGGCCAACAAGUCAAGUCAGCGUCCGAAAGCAUCUCUGCGUCGUAGUGGUCGUCGUCUCGCCAUGAAAAGUGUGCUCGCGCUGGUCUGCCUGCUGUGCGUGUGCGGCACCGCCUUGUGCGUGCAGGUCAAGGACGGGGACAGGAGCUUCCCCUUGGAGGCGGUCAAGCAGCUGAAGGCGCUGCUGGACGACGGCGGGCCCCGCGUCGGACCUCGGCCGGCCCGCAGCGGCGCGGUGAGUGCCGUGUGCGCCGACCCCGCCCUGCCGCGGGUCUUCUAUCCGGUGUGCCGAGGACGAGGCCCCGCCGGAGUCUUCUCCAGACUUGUGAACGUCCUCAUGGCUUCGGACCCGUGUGAGAUAUGCGCCAACCCUUCCUGCUUUGGCUGCCUGCGGUGAUGCUGACUUUACAAAUAAAUAAUCAACUUUUCAUAUAUAUUUUAAAUAUAAGUCCAAUAUAGUUUAUAGAAUAUCAAAUAAUCAUUGUAAUGAUCAACUCGCUUUUUAUGUCAUCUCUUAAUUUAUUGACCCUGUUGCCUUGCCUAAUAAAAUGCGUCGUCUUUGCAUACCUGA